UUCUCAGCGAUUUGUUUGACCAAUGUAACCCUUUUCACAACACAAUCUCCUCUCACACCUUUAUUGACACAGUCAAAUACUACCAAAUACUGUACUACAUGUUAACGUAAUCACACACAGUAAUACUAGAAUUUACCAUAUACACAACAUCGCAUAUAUAUAGACACAAACAACACAAACACAUAAAGGCAUCAUUCAACAAUUGAAUUGUUAUGGAGAAAGAGAAACAGAGUAAGGUGAGGAACAGGUUCUUGAAGGCAAUAACAGUUACAUUUCAGAACGCACCUUUCAGUCCUGGGAGGGACCAUAAAUUUAGAUCAGACAAUAACACAAACAGAUGGGGUGCAAAAACGAACAGUGGAAAAGGAUUCUCUGGACCUAUGGUUACCAUGAUUCCUUACGAAGCGAGAAGAAAACCUAGAGAUGGUACUGGUGUUAGUGUAACACAAGAACCAACUUCACCGAAGAUUUCAUGUAUGGGACAGAUCAAGCAUCACAAGAAGAAAGAUAUUCCGACAGGUAAAACUACUGAUGUAUCCACUACUGCAAAGGAUGAAGAUGUGAAGAAACCGAAAUCGAAGUUUCAGAGAAUGUUUUCACAGAGAUCGAAAUCAAAGUUUGUGGAAAGGAAAUUCGAUGAGUCUGGAUCUGUUGGCGGAGGGAGCAAAGCGCCGCCGAUGGGUGAUAUGAAGAGAUUUGCGAGCGGGCGGGAAGCUUUUUCGAGUUUCAAUUGGAAAGCUGUGAUUGAGCCGGAGGAGAUUGAUGGCAGGGAAUGUUUUACUGAUGCGGAAGAUGAUGAGAUCUUGAUUCCAUUUUCUGCACCAAUUUUGGUUGGUGGAGGGAAUGAUGGUGAUGAUGCAAGACCUUGUUUGAAGUUUAAGCCACGGAAUGAAAUUAAUCUUUGGAAAAGAAGAACAAUGGCACCGCCAAGGCCUCUUCAGUUGAAUCCUGUGCUUAAGGCUAAGUAAAUUAUUUAUUUUUUUCAUAAUUACUUACUUGUUCAAAUUGUAGAUUUCUUCUUCUUUUGAUAUAAUAUAAUAUUUUUUGUUUAUCAUUUUGAUGCCUCAGAUUGAUUUCUUCUUCUUAGCUUUUUGAUUAAAUAUCUGUAUAGAAAUAUUAGCUUCUUUUUUUUUUUUUUUUAAUUAAACCCAGGUGAUUUGUGGAUGAGUCAAAUCAUGGUAUAUUAGUUACUAGUGAUGUAUUGUCCGAGUCAAAGAAAAAAUAUUGAAAAGAAUAAGAUAAGGAAAGAAAUAUUUAAUUUUCCUAAUAAUUUUAGUGAUUGUCAUUUCUCGGGAAAUUUU